AUGGACGGGCGAGCCAUCACUAUAGACAUCCCUGAGGUGCUCAGGAAGCAGCUGCAUGAUGACCGUUUCUACGUUAACAGGAGGAAACGGUUACUGAAACUGCCCUGCCAGACCAACAUCCGGGCCAUUUUGGAAUCCUACGUGAGGCAUUUCGCUAUAAAUGUAGCCAUUUCGGCCAAUGAGAGGCCCCAUCAGCAACAGGCCAUGGUGCAUGCGCCCUGCAUCCCAGCCGAGAAGAACGUGGACCUUUGCAAGGAGAUGGUGGACGGAUUGCGAAUCACCUUUGAUUACACUCUGCCGCUGCUUCUGCUCUACCCGCAGGAACAGGCUCAGUAUAAAAAGGUGGCUUCGUCUACAUUCUUUCUUCCUAUUAAGAAAAGUUCCAUGGAUACCAACAGGAGUGAGGAGGAGCUCUCUUCUGACUCGCCUUGGUCCAAUCUAUCCACGCCACAAUCCACAAAGAGUCGUCAGCCUGUGAGUGAGCCCAUCACCCUCAAGAGGCGCAGAGCAGAGCCCAAAGCAAUGCGGUCCUUGAGGCGCUCCAGGCGCCAUAGCACCCCUGGCCACAGGCUGUCUGAGAGCAGGGCCUUACCUCAGUCCAAGCAAGGGCAAGGGCAGGGCAAGUCCCCCAGCACACCCAAGCUGUUCCUGCACUUGCAGAAGAACACCCCUGUGCAUAGCAGACCAUCUUCCUCCAUCCCUCUGACUCCAAGCAACCAAGAAAGUGCAGUGUUUGCUGGCUUCGAAGGGAAAACUGACAAAAUAAGCGAGAUCCUUUCCUGGAAGCUUGUGCCUGAUAGUUACCCCCCAGGAGACCGGCCACCACCCCCCUCAUGCAUUUAUGGUGCACAACAUUUGCUGCGAUUGUUUGUAAAACUUCCAGAAAUCCUUGGAAAGAUGUCCUUUUCUGAGAAGAACCGGAAGGCAUUGCUUAAGCACUUUGAUCUGUUUCUGAGGUUUUUGGCAGAAUUCCAUGAGGACUUCUUCCCAGAGUCAGCUUACGUCUCCGUUUGUGAUGCACACUGA